AUGUUUAGGAGUGUCUACUAUUUUUGCUGCGAGGGGCACCCUAAUCCGUUCACCCCAUCCGACUUCCGAGUGUAUUCGUUGGGUUCAGCAACUCACCACCAGCAUCCAACCAAAUCUAGCGGAUCAACGGCGCCUCAACUUAGUUCCUGGCCCUGGUAUGGUCCUGACCGGCCUAAGUUCCUUGGCCCCUUCUCUGAGGGCGAUACCCCUGCCUACCUGACUGGCGAGUUCCCCGGCGACUACGGCUGGGACACUGCCGGCCUGUCCGCUGACCCGGAGACCUUCAAGCGCUACCGCGAGCUGGAGCUCAUCCAUGCGCGCUGGGCCAUGUUGGGCGCUCUGGGCUGCGUGACCCCCGAGCUGCUGUCCAAGUACGCGGGUGUCUCGUUCGGCGAGGCUGUCUGGUUCAAGGCCGGUGCCCAGAUCUUCGCUGAGGGCGGCCUGAACUACCUGGGCAAUGAGAACCUGGUGCACGCGCAGUCCAUCAUUGCCACCCUGGCCUUCCAGGUUGUCGUGAUGGGCCUGGCUGAGGCCUACCGCGCCAACGGCGGCCCGCUGGGUGAGGGCCUGGACCCGCUGCACCCCGGUGGCGCCUUCGACCCGCUGGGCCUGGCGGAUGACCCGGACACCUUCGCCGAGCUCAAGGUCAAGGAGAUCAAGAACGGCCGCCUGGCCAUGUUCUCCAUGUUCGGCUUCUUCGUGCAGGCCAUUGUGACCGGCAAGGGCCCCAUCGAGAACCUGUCUGACCACCUCGCCAACCCCAGCGCCGUCAACGCCUUCGCCUACGCCACCAAGUUCACCCCCUCCGCUUAA